GGAGGUGGUGAGGACUCCCCAGUAGCCACAGGAGGAGGAGGAAGAGGAGGAGGAUGAAGCUGAGCGUCCGUCAGCGUGGAGCUGAUCUCAGUUCAGUCCGUCUGAGCUGAAACUGGAAACUUUGGGAUUCUUUUCUGGCUCUGGAGCUUCUUCUUCUUCUUCUUCUUCUUUUUCUUCUUCUUCUUCAUGUCCAUCUGAGCAGACUUCCUGUCCCGCCAUGAGUGACAUCUACGAGUCAGCGGCCAACUCCCUGGGUCUGUUCAACAGUCCCUGUCUCACCAAAGUGGAGCUGAGACUCACCUGUAAAGGAAUCUCGGACCGAGAUGCUCUGUCCAAGCCCGACCCCUGCAUCGUCCUCAAAAUGCAGUCCCAUGGACAGUGGAUGGAGGUGGACCGCACCGAGGUGAUCCGGAGCUGUGUCAACCCCACGUACUCAAAGGUUUUCACCCUGGACUUUUAUUUUGAAGAGGUGCAGCGUCUGCGCUUCGAGCUGUUCGACAUCAACAGCAGCCACAACGGCCUGAGGGAGGCCGACUUCCUGGGCUCAGUGGAGUGUACGCUGGGACAGAUCAUCUCCCAGAGGAAACUGUCCAAAGCUCUGCUCCGACCAGGAGGCACCGUGGGUAAAGCCAUCAUCACGAUUAGUGCCGAGGAGCUGACGGGGAACGACGACUACAUCGAGCUCUCGUUCAGCGCCAGGAAGCUGGAUGAUAAGGACUUCUUCAGUAAAUCUGAUCCGUUCCUGGAGAUCUACAGGGUGAAUGACGACGCCACCAUGCAGCUCGUCUACAGAACCGAGACGGUCAUGAAUAAUCUCAAUCCUGUUUGGAAAACCUUCAAAGUGUCUCUGAACUCACUCUGCAGUGGAGACCAUGAACGCAAGCUGCAGUGCACCGUGUGGGACUGGGAUUCCAACGGGAAGCACGACUACAUCGGUGAGUUUGAGGCCUCAUUCAAAGAGAUGAGAGGAGCCAUCGAUGGACGACAGGUGCAGUGGCCGUGCAUUAAUCCCAAAUACAAAGUGAAGAAGAAGAACUACAAGAACUCUGGGAUCGUGAUCCUGAACCAGUGCAAGAUCAUUAAGAUGCACUCGUUCCUGGAUUACAUCAUGGGAGGAUGUCAGAUCCAGUUCACAGUCGCCAUCGACUUCACGGCCUCUAAUGGAGAUCCUCGUAACAGCUGCUCCCUGCACUACAUCCACCCCUACCAGCCCAACGAGUACCUGAAGGCCCUGGUGGCCGUGGGGGAGAUCUGCCAGGACUACGACAGUGACAAAAUGUUCCCGGCGUUCGGCUUCGGAGCUCGAAUCCCUCCUGACUACAAGGUCUCCCACGACUUUGCGGUGAAUUUUAACGAGGAGAACCCGGAGUGUGCAGGUAUCCAGGGUGUGGUGGAGGCCUACCAGGCCUGCCUACCUAAGCUGCAGCUCUACGGCCCCACCAACAUCGCCCCCAUCAUCCAGAAGGUCGCCAACUCAGCCUCACAGGAGGUCCACACCAAAGAGGCCAUGCAAUACUUCAUCCUGCUGAUCCUGACGGACGGCGUCAUCACAGACAUGGCCGACACCAGGGAGGCCAUUGUGCAGGCCUCCCACCUCCCCAUGUCCGUAAUCAUCGUCGGGAUCGGGAACGCCGAUUUCAGCGACAUGCAGAUGCUGGACGGUGACGACGGGAUCCUGCGGUCGCCCAAAGGAGAACCUGUCCUCCGGGACAUCGUCCAGUUUGUCCCCUUCCGCAACUUCAAACACGCGUCUCCAGCUGCUCUGGCUAAGAGCGUUCUAGCAGAAGUGCCCAACCAGGUGGUUGACUACUACAACAGCAAGGGCAUCAAGCCCAAAGUGCCCAGUCAGUUCCCGUCUUCCAGGCCGUUUGGCCCUUGAGCUCCGGCGCUACUGCUGCCCCAGGACAACUCUCUUCGACUGAGAAAAAUGUUUACUGUCUCUUGUUUAAUGUUAAUGUGGAGGUUAAAGGUGCUACACAAAGUAUUUUACCAGUAAGCAAACAAGGCCUCCAUAGUGGAGGUCUUCACAGGUCCAUUCAUUUCUCUGGGGCCAAGAGUCCAAAUUUUUCUUGGUCCAGUUGAGUCAGGUCCCAUUUUGAGUGUCCACUACUGUUCAUGGUGUUAUUUAUGGCUCAUGGUGUCUCAGUCACAGCAGGAAACAAGCGAGGAACAAGUUUAGGGACUGAUCUUGAGUUUUGGGUCCAAUCUGUUGAGUUCAGGUCUAGCUGAGCUCGGAUCCACGUUAGAUCUCUGGAAACAAAUAUAUGCAUGCAUGGUUCGGGUUCAGGUUUUGCUGUGAACACGUCUAGUGGGAGGGACUACAAGAAGGAAGAAGUUUGACGGAUUACACUGAAGAGACAGAGGCCAUUCUCAUCUCAUCUGAUCUCAUCUCAUUAUCAGAACCAAGAUAAAGACGAAUGGAACUCAUUUCUAACCUGUAAAUAUUGUUCAGUUCAGCGUCCAUGUGUAAUUCUUAUUAGCAUAAUUUAAGAGCUUGUUCCUUCAUCAAAGGUGUUAGCUAGGAAGCAUGACUUUUUGGGGAAUUGUAGCAAACCUUUUGUGUUAGUGUUUACAAUAAAGAUCCAUUAACAUUUUAGCAUUAGCAUUUACAACAUUUCAAACCACAAUCAUUUCGUUCCAGUGGCUUUUCUAAGGGGCCGUAGAGUUGUGUAGCCUGUUGGUACUGACAGAAUCUAAAAAGGUUGAAGGGACCGUAGAUAACCCUGCUCGAUGGAGUAUAACCUGCUGAAAGUGCAGUUAUUAAACCAUGUGAUACACUAUGUUAACAAAUGAGCUAAAGCUAGCCAACACGUAUAAUGCUAUGUAGCUUCCGAAGUUUUGAGCUGAUUAUAAACAGUAGUAGUUUAAACAAAAAUUUAAUAAGACCCACUCACUCCAUGUUUUUAUCAGCAGUUGCAGACCGUAAACCCAGUGAGCAGGGAUUUCUUUGAAGGGUAAAACAAAUCUAGAGACGUAAACAUAUGCAGAUAAAAGAAGCUGGUUCCUUAGACAGUUCCUGUGUCUUUAACAGUAGCAUUAGGCAGUAAUUCCUCUCAUCUGAAGUUUCAUGUUGAAAAAUGCUAAGUGAAGCACCUUUAGCAUCCGUUGUGCAUGCCGGGCCGAUGAUGGCUGAGCAGACUGUAGCGUUCAGAAGAGUUUCAGACAUGGAAAGCACACAAACAGUGACCAAUUCAAACACUGUUUCCCUGCAGACAGCAUGACGGCGGGGAACAGUCAAUGAAGGAAUGUAUGAACACCCCUCUCCCUCGUCCCAGUUUGUUUUUAUAAGAGUUUAUCGAAAUUUUGCUAUAUUUCGUAAGGUUCGUAUGUUGUAAAGCAUUUUGGAUCUCUGCCAGAUGAACAAGCGAGCUGCCUUCACAGACGUCUGCAUCCUCUCUGUUUUUUCAUAAAGGCGAGGCAGAUGCAUGAACUGUUGUUUUGCAUGCAAAUCUCCAUGUGGGACUCCUCAGUCCUUGUGGUUUCUGUUUCCUGGUAGUUGAAUAAUAAUGAUGUUUACAAUGUGCCCGACGUUGGGGCUGUUCUACUCUCAAGCAUGUUCACAUGUAAACGAAAAUGUGUGAGUAGAUUUAAAAGCACAAAACUGAGUAUCUUUGGAGAACUUUCUAGAUUAUGGUGAUAGAGUUUGGUCACUUUGUGGCACAACAUCUGUCCAUCUUGUCUUCAUGUCUCUGGAACUAAUUCACUUCUUACUUUUUAAAUAUGGUAAUUUUAUUCAUGAUGAUUGAAACAACCACCUCUGCUGCUGUACUACACAUCAUUCCUCCACUGCUUAUCCAGACCGGGCUAUUAGUUCCAAGAUGUCCCAGAUGUCCCUGUCCCUCGUCUCAGUCUCCUCCUUAGGGAGGAGUUUUCAGGCCAGGUGGGACUAUGGAUCCCAUUAACGCACAAACAAAUUCUGGGUCAGCCUAAGGUUCUGCACACGGAACAACUCCAUCUGCUGCCUCCUAUGAUGAUGUCAGUGCUAACGUUUGAAAUCAGAACCACGCCGUGAUCUGUCCGUCCAUUUUUUGCUGCUGAUUUGGUGUCCAUCCAUGGUGGUACCAGACUAAACACUGUAGUCCAUCCAUCCUCUGAACUAUACUGACUAUCCAACUCUUCCUGGAGGCUUCCCAGGAGUCUCUAGGUAGCCAGACUAAGCCGGGGAAUCCAGACAACAAAAAGAGGCCAAAACUAAGACAGCUGUUGGGUUUCUUGUGGACGUUUCACCUCUUGUCUAAGGAGCUUCUCCAUUUACAGGUGGACACCACCAGGUUACUAUUAAAACUCCCAGCCUGGUUAGCCUGAGGCUCUUUCUAGAUAGCUCCACCUUGGUGAUGCUAAAGUCUAAAGACAGGACUCUUCCGUGAUCUGUCCGUCCAUUUCCAGCUGCUUAUUUGGGUUUCAGUCACAGUGGUAUUAGGCCAAACAAGGUAGUCCAUACAAGGGAGCUUUUCCUCAAGGUUUCCAAGAAUUUCCAGGUAUCCAGAAAACACUAGCACUCUAUAAAACCUUAGCCUUAGUCUCAUCCUCCAGUAUUCCUUCUGAGCUUGGUGAUAAGAUGCCUAAACCACUUCAACAAGUGUCUGUGAAGGUUCUCAGACCAGGUCACAGUGUUGGUGGUUUCUUGAAGAUAUUUUUCCACUUGUCCAAAUAGCUCCUUCUUCUUUUUUUAAAGCAGUUCCUAUUAAAACCUGAACUGCCUAUCUAUCAGUCAUUUAUAACUGAAGACACGGUUGAAACGUUGUUAGGAAUCUCAACAAGUGCAGAUGUCCUUGUUUCAGCUUGUUUUUCUAUGUAAAUAUACCUCAAAAAGCCUCACAUUCAACAUAAAGGAGCACCUGGUCGUAGGCCCAGUUCCCUCUAAGAUGUUCAUCAUAUUUAUUUCAAAAUCUUUUCAUACAGGCUGUAAUGAAGACAGGUCAUUAUUAUCACUGUGAAAGGUCAGUGAAGUGUUUACAUUCCUGCUGAUGCUGCAGCAAACUACCCAAAGUCCUCCCAAUAGCCCCCAUGGCCUACCCUGCCCAGAUGAGAUAUACUGUAGUUGCCCCCAGGUUGUUGCCUUAGUUGAAAGUGUUUAGGAAAUCUUCACAGGCCAGUAAACUGUUCAGAUUUCACCUGGCUCCUGUCAACACAACAUACUGGAAGAGACUCUUACUUAAACGUGUGAUUUCUGUUGCUGAAUGGAUGUUGAAUUUCAGAUUAAUGAAUGAAUACGACCCAUGGACAAAGGGAAUAAAUCAGCCUUUAAGAUGUCAUUCAAAGUGUGUGACAUUGAAAAAUAACAGCAGCUGGUUUCCCUGAAAAAAACUAUGACAUGUCUGGUUUGUCAGUUUUUAACUGGUUUUUAGUCUCUGCCAAUGAUUUACUGCCACUUUUGUUUGUCCCGUUGAACAAAGAGAACCAAGAUGGAGGACAGGUGUUGAGUCACAUGGCCUAUUGUUGUGUUAACAUGCAGUAUUGUGUGCAAAACAAUGACAAAGUGACUUAUGAUAAUAAAAAUUUUAUCAGUAACCUCAGA